AUGUGGCUGUGGGAAUUGUGUUGCUUAUUUAUCGUGUUAAAAAAUUGUAAUGGAGUGAUUUAUCAUUUGAAUGAUUCGGAGUACGAACGCAUGCCACCGUUAUUCGGUCUGGAUCGUUACGACACAUGCCUGAACGAUGUUGAUGGAUUAUACUGUGUGGUAAAGCUGGACUUGCAUGUGGGACCGAACAACGAGCUUAUGAAAUUAAUUAAGGAGUAUUCAGCACACAAACCGAAACAUUAUAAUUACACAUAUCUCGAAAGAGGAGUGUGUGUAACAAGAACAUGUAGACAGUUUGCGGUGAAUAAAAAAUUAGAAAUAAAUGAGGACCUAAAUGAAAUCCUAGAAGUAUGCCUCAAUGAUUCCAUUCACAGAGAAUUUAAAAUAGAAGCAAAACUAUCGAAUAUAUACUACUGCGAUAAACAUAAUGAACAAAUAGACGUAGAUGUGAAUGAUUGGAUUGUAGCAGGAGUGUUCGUAAUGUUAAUAUUAUUAGUAGCUAUAGGUACAUUUUAUGAUGUAUUUUACUGUAGUACAGAUGCACAUGAGGAUACCAUGCAAGAAAAUAAGAUUUUGUUAAAUUUUUCACUGCGUAAAAAUUGGCAAGAAUUAGUAAAUUAUAAGAUGUUUGACCAAAGAUAUGAGAGACUAAAAGGAUUGAACGGCUUAAGAUCUAUUGCGACUACCCUUACAAUAAUAGCUCACGUCAUAUUUAUUAAUUCGAUGGGCUUUAUCGACUCGCCGCAUGACUUCGAAAAGACGUACGAGACGUUCCAUUUUCACCUAAUAUACAACGGGCUGAUGAUCGUGCAGAUUUUCUUCGUAAUGGCGGCGUUUCUGCAGGCGUACAACAUACAGAUACGGUCCGAGACAAAGCCACUUGAGUGGUCACAGCUUCCAAAGCUGUUUUUCACAAGAUGGUGCAGAUUGACCCCAGCCAACGCAGCGAUGAUCGCGUUCUCAGCCACCUGGCUUCGGCACAUGGGAUCUGGUCCGCUAUGGAAGCUUUACGUCACCAACUCCGUGGUGGCUGACUGCCGGAGCUAUUGGUGGUUACAUGUCCUCUACCUCAAUAACUAUUGUUCAGACGAUACACUAUGCGCCGCACAGACCUGGCACGUGGCAGCCGACACCCAACUCUUUGUGAUAGGAAUGUUUGUGUACUCGGCAACGGAGUCAAGUGGCAGGUGGUUGGCACUAACGCUGUUAUUGCUUGUGGGAAUGACAGCGCCGGCUCUGCACGUGUGGCUGCAGGACUUGGACGCGUUGGUUCUGAUGUCGCCUGAAUUUUACCGUAGAUGGUUCGACAGUACUUUUCACUACCUGCACGUCCUCGGUCACAACAAUCUGACGUGUUACGUCAUCGGCCUCGGUACUGGCACUCUUGUUUACCAUUGGCAGAAGAAAAAUGUGGAUUUAUAUAAAUAUAAGUUAAGUUUAUCAUAA